AUGACGAAAUCAAAACGGAAUAUGAAGCCUAUUGAGAGAAUCGCCCGAGGAAUUGCUAUUUCUGGUUGCAAACUGAAGUUGCGGGCUAAGAAGGAUGCGUAUCGAUCAUGUCCGCAAUAUGGAGGAACAAAUAGUUUCUUUACUGUUGCUAUUCAUUAUGGAGGAUUCUUUGAUAUUGGGCCUAAAUACUCAGCAUAUUUAGGUGGGGAGAGUAUGGUAUUUGACUAUGUUGAUAAGAAUGAGAUUUCUUUAUCUGAUGUUAAGGGUUUGGCUAGAAUUAAAGGAUGCCCUAACCCUAUUGUUAUCUACACCAUUAUAUCUAGAAAACAUCGUUUGAUUACCACACAAACUCAAUUUGAGUCUGUUUUUGAAGAACUACGCAACAUGAGGGAAGUGUUCUUUUAUGUUGUAGGAUCUGUGUUAUCAGGUGCUGAAAGUGAGUUGGGAGAUGGAUCUGUGUUAGGUGCUCAAACUGGGUUUGGGGAUGGUGAUGGGUUAGGGGAUGAAACUGGUUUGGGGGAUGGUGUUGGGUUAGGGCCUGAAACUGGUUUGAGGGAUGGUGAGGAAUUAGGUGUUGAAACUGAGUUGAGGGAUGGUAAGGGAUUAUGUGCUGAAACUGGGUUGGGGGAUGGUGAUGGGCUAGAUGCUAAAACUGGGAUGGGAGAUGGUGAAGGGUUAGGUGCUAAAACUGGGAUGGGAGAUGGUGAAGGGUUAGGGGAUAAAACUGGGAUGGGAGAUGGUGAAGGGUUAGGUGCUAAAACUGGGAUGGGAGAUGGUGAAGGGUUAGGGGAUUGUGAGCCAAAUGAAUGUCAUGAGCAAACUCAAGGUGUAGAUGAAAGUUACAUAGAUGAAUUUCUGAGAGAGUUAUCAGAAAGUGAUGUCAAUGAUGGGGAAACAGAGAAUGAAGGAACAGAUGAUAGUGAUGAUGAUUUAUAUGAGUUUGAAUAUGACAUGGAGGAUGAGCAAGUUGAUGACAAAAUAUUUGUCACUAAUAUGGCCACCAUUAAGAGACAACAAACUGGUUUGAAAUGUAGUUUUUGUCAUGUGGAGGGGCACAACAAAAAAGGUUGUCUGUUGAUUAAGGAGGGAAAUGCAGAACCUGUGGCAAUUGGCAGAGAAAAUAGGCCUACAAAAUUGCAGGUGGAGGAGAUUAGGGAACCUGCCCCAGCAAUUCUAACCCAAGAAAGUGUUGCUCCAGCAAAGGAUAAAUCCAAGCACAAACCAAAGGGUGGACAGGACCCAAUUUCAGAUUCAAGUUUUGCAGACGUGAUUUUGCCUUCAGCUUCCAUUUUCCCUAUCUCAGUUGUGUCGUACCAUGAAAAAAAAAGGGCAUCCCCCCGCUCCAUCCGGCCUCCAAUCUCUACAGCCAUAGAACUUUCUUCCAGGAUUUGA